AUGUAUCCAGCAUCACCACCACCAGUGGCUACCACCUCUAAUUCUAAAUACCCGCUUCCACAAUAUAAGCCAGGAAGCAAUACAGGGAAUAUUGGAAUGGUGGGAAGCUAUGGACCGUAUGCUUCAGCUGCCCCUGCUGGUUAUAACCAAGAUUUCUUGAAAUACAACGAAUCAUCUCUAAUGAAGCUGCCUUGUAAGAUAUUUGAUCCCAUUCCACUUGGUGAAGCUGUUGUUGUUGGGAGGAUGAAGGAUGCAGAUUCAGUAGCAAUGCCUGAAGGUUCAUCUUUAUAUGAUUUGGUUCAAACGAGAAUCACUACCACACAUGCUUCUGUUGGAGUGGUGGUUCGCUUAAGGGAAGAGUUGUCUCUUGUAAAAGAUAAACCUGCUCAUUUUGCAAUUGACCAAUUCAUAGGAUCAAGAAUUGUCAUUGUUGAUAGCUUUACAGGGUUGAUGAAAGCGAAUAGCUCUCGAGUUAGAAGUGGAAAAGAAAGCUCAAGCCGAAAGAGAUAAGAUGCUGAAAAUGCAAGUGUUGUAUUCUUCAUUUCAAUUGUUAGUAUGAAACAUAGAGUAGAUUAGAUGAAUG